AGACUUUUCAUUGUUCUGAGUGUGGCAAAGGUUUCAAGAAAAAAGGGCAUCUCCUUCAACACGGGGUCAUCCACUCUGGGUCUCGGCCCUAUGCCUGCACUACUUGUAGUCGUGCUUUCAAUCGCCGUGAGUCACUCACCCGCCAUGAAAAAAUCCAUGAAGAGAAACCAUUCCGCUGUCCAGCUUGUGGUCGCUGUUUUCGAGAAAGUACGUCUCUUUUGAACCAUGCCGCCUCUGGCACCUGUGGCAAGUCAGGACGUACAGCGAGAUCAAAGCAUGAAAGUAAUAUAGUUGAUGGCAAGAGCAAUAAAGCUGGGGGCUCCCAAGAUGGAAUAGCGACUAAUGCAGCGGGUGAGUAACGUCUAGAGUAGUGUUUAUUUUUAGUAAACCCAGUCAAAGUCAAAAUAUUUCAUAGGCACUAUGAAAUUUGUGUGCAUAGCAUUAUUACUGUUUAGUCUGUUGUGCAGGUUCUUACCGGAGUGAUGAUUUCAGUGAUGACUACAAGGACCAGCGCUCUCAAGGUAUUCUAUAUUCUGGAACAACCCCAUGUGGUGGUGGCAACAUGACAGGGCUUGCACUUAGGAAGGCACCAUUAGCUCCUACUCUGCAUCCACACCCACAAAACCAAAGCCAGCAGCAUCAUCAACAGCCACAUCUCCCACUUUCAUCCCUGUUAGAGGAUUCCGAAGAUGAUGUCACUAGCUCGGUCAACAAUGCAAUUUCUGCCAUCACUGCUGCAGCUGCAAAUUGUAUGAGCGGUGAUCUUGCCCAUAGUGGAGGUAGAGGGGAUGAUCGCAGGGAUAUCAUUGGUGGAUUGCUUGGAGGUCUGGGUCUUGGACCUCUUGCCUCGCCUAGUGGUCCGUUAUCAACAUCUGGCCUGGAAAAGUCCUAUAGAGGUGAUGCUAACCCAAGUGCAGUGGGGCUCAACCAGCAAACAGGUCAGCAGACACCUGGUGGAAAGCCCAAGCGUCCUCGUAAGCCCCGCAAGAAAAAGGAGCCAGGUGUUGUUGGUGUUGAGCCCCCUAAAAGAAGGCAGUCCUCUCACAGACCAGGAGGGCCUGAUGGGGAUAUUAGACCAUAUUUGUGCAGUGUCUGUGGUCGAGGAUUUGCAAGAAGAGAGACUUUGCGAAGGCAUGACAGAAUACACACCGGAGAAAAGCCUCACCAUUGUACUGUGUGUGGCAAAUUCUUCAGAGAGGCAUUUCAUCUUAGCAAGCACCACACAGUGCAUUCUGGAGAAAAGAACUACAAAUGUAUUUUGUGUGGAAAGGACUUUGGAUAUGCUCAGAGCCUUAAAAGACAUGGCAAGCUACACCAGAAAGGUGAAAUGGAAGAAGUGCCAACAACGCCUGGUGGGGAAAACCUUAACAGCUAUCCUCCAUCCUCUGGUGGCAGCUUGAUUCAAGGGGGCCAUAGUAGCUCUUCUUCUUUUUAUUCAUACUCUCAAGAUGUCAAACCACAGACAUCAAACACUCAGCCCCCUCCUAGACUGUACACAUGUGCUAUAUGCUGGAAAUCAUUCCGCCAUCACUUUCACUUGACAGCACAUCACCAAACAGUUCACGAGGGUGGUGGCGAAAAGCUGUUUUCUUGUGAAGUCUGUGGGAAGGCUUUUGCAUACUCUAACAGCCUUACACGGCACAGGCUUUCUCAGCAUGGCCUAACACGGACUGGCCAACCAGUUGCUCAAAGAAGCACAGGCGAAGGGAACAGUGGUGGUGGUUCGAUAUCAGAAAGUGAAGCUGCUACAAAUGCUUUGCUUCAGCUUGCGCCACCAAGUGGCACACAUGGCGAACAACAUGGACUUCUUCAUAGCCAGCAUGCUCCUCCCCAAACACAAACUGGCUACUCCUCCCUGUUCUAUAUACCCGAUGCCAACAUUACACACUCUGCUUCAUCUAAUGCCUCAUCUUAUUCUCAUUCUCUGCCAUCAACUUCCUCAGGGCCUCUACUUUGUAAUCAUCAGCAUCAACAACACACUGGGAAAAAGGGUGAACCCAUUUAUCACACUGGUCACAGGCAUACUCUUACUGCAAACAUACCUGUGCAUUCCCUUGUUUUGCCUCCAUCAGAGCCACAUCAGCAACACCACAAUCCCCAGCAGCUUUCAGCUGAGAUCCAGUCUACACACCACCACACUUUUCAAAGCCAAGAAGAGUUGAGGAGACGAAAAAAAAAAAAAAAAAGACGGCCAGAGAGAGGGGAGAUAGGCUACAAAUGGACCCCGGCUGCAAAAGUAGAGAGAGAACAGGUGGAAGUUUCCCUUGGGGAAAGGCAGAGAAAUCUUCUUAGAAGAAAGAUUUUUAAGAGAAAAAGGAGAGAAAUUCACAGAACACAACGUAAAAUUAAGAAGCGCAUGGCUGUGCUCGUAAGGAUCAGGCGUGGAAGUGGAGGAAGUGCUGUGUAUGAACUGGGCCUUCCAGGUGGACUGAGGCUUCACAGGCUUCGCUCUCUCAAAGUUCCACUGAAACGAAAGUCCUGUCCCCUUUGCCUUGGUGCAACCUUCUCACAACAGGUAGCACUUAAAGUUCAUAUAGCAGCUAGACAUUGUCCCAAAGUGAGAGGCCUUCAGCAUCGUUUGAAAUGUCCAGUUUGCGGAAAACAGUCUCGCAAGUUCCUCUCAGCUCUCAUUCACAGAAGCUCCCAUUUAACAAACAGAGCAUUUUCUUGUAAACAUUGUCCCUGUCGUUUCUGGAAUGCAAUGCUCCUCACACGGCACAAGAAGGUGUGUCGAGGGACGUUGGCUAGGUUUCAACGAGAGAGGUCUCUUUGUGUUAAAUUAGUCAUGGGAGCAACAUACAAGAGGUUUGAAUGCAAAGGAAACUCUUCAUCCAUGCAUAUGGAAUACAGUCCCUGAGUUAUGUCAUUAAAUACAUUUUCAUAUGCACUUUAAGAAGAGAAGUGUUGGGAUUGUCAUGACAAAAACUGGGAUACCUGACUGAAUACACCCUUUGCUCAUGUAGACUUUGACUUGUGUGUCAUGAGAGCGUUUUCUUUUCUCUCUCAGUCAUUACAUUUCUUCACGUAACUUGGACCCCUAAAAUGAACACCUUCAACAAACUCACAGAUGUAUCAAAGGCAUUUGUAUCGAAAAAUGCUUAGCCUCUCCAUCCAUCCAAUUCCACACCAGUCUUCUAAGAAGAAAAUUCUUGUUCAGAUUGAAAUGAUCCUUGGAUGGUAAUAGAAGAGGAUUCAGUGAUUUGGCUAAUAUUGUACUGUGCCAAAACAAAAGGCUAUUGCUCACUAUUCCUCAACAGAUGCUCUGUAAAAUUAUUCUGUCUUUGAUAUAUAUUGUGUUUGUUGGUGUUCACUUAGAGCAAGUGUGGAGGUGUGAUUUUGUUAAUGUAAAAAGUGCAUUCAGUAUCCGAAGGCGAAACGGGGGUCCUGUUAGGAAGUGGAGUGUUUUAUUUUAAAGAGUAUUUAAAUUACUGCAUGUUAGCGUGAGUGAUGAGACUGUGGGCUUACAUGGUUACAUGACAAAUCCAAUUGAAAAUGUAUUAAAUAUAGGAACCAAAAGAAAUUAAUGUAUAAUAACAAAUGUUGAUUAACACUUUGUAAUAUCAAAUGUGAGCCCCGUUUUGAUUUAUUUACUCUUUUGAAAGAAAACUAGCAUUAGGAUGGAAACGCCAGCACUUAAACAGGAAGAAUAUGAUUUUCCACACAACCAGUCAAAGGACUAAAAAAAAAAAAUGUAAGAUGCAAAUUCACAGAUUCUUGCCCUAAAGGCAAAAGCCUUACCAAAUUGUGACAAUUAAUACACCACAUAUGGGUAUAGUACAAUGUAGCGUUUAUGUAUAGAGUUUAAGGGAGGAACUGAAAAAUAUAAGUGUACUGUAAUGUAAAUUGUGUCAAUAUUUUAUUAUGUUUUUUUAAGCAAAUGUCAAUUAUCUUUUUAUCAUAGCUACACUUCAGGUAGUUGGAAGAGUGAUUGUAAGAGUUAUCACUUUAGAUCAGGUCUUGAUUAAGUUUAAUAAUGUGUGACAUUCUGUCCAUUUGACAACUAUGAACGUAUCCCAUGUACUUUUCUCACCUUGUAGAGAUGCCAUACUACUUUUAGCCUCUCUUUUUUUUUCUUUAAAAGAAGAAAAGUAAUACGUAUGUUUUUAUCACUUUAUUUACACAUGAUAAGCUGGUUGUUGAUGAUACCCAAGCAUUUAAUAAAAUUUCAAAAUGUUAUAUCCUUGUUACUUCCAUCUACACAUGUAUCAUUUUGUAUGUAUUUGCUUGUAUUAAAAUACGCAGACAUAUUAAUUUUA